AUGGCGCCGGAUGAUGGGGAUGCCUUGUUGAGAAAAGUACGAGCACAGCACAGAUCAGUAAGUUUUAUUACAGCAUCAGAACUGGUUAACAUCGACCUUGAAGAUGAAUCUCAUCGGAACGAAGAAAGUGAGCUCAAUGAAACGGUAAGAAAGCUGUUUCAUAACGAACUGAUGAUGUUUUCAAUUUUCAUAUAGUCCUGAAAGGGAAUCUUUUGUUUCCAGGAAAUUUUGCUUGCUGGAAUAUUGGUCAACGAGGCCAGACUUGGACGAAAUGGUUAUUUUCAGACCUCGCCAAAGGAACUAAGGUUCAGUUGUUUUUUGAAAUUCAUAUAAGAGAAUUAAUGACAGUCUUUACGGUUUACAUAUUUCACUGGCAUGUAAGUCUGUAGCCUAAUAUGAUCUCGCAUUAAGUAGCUUUUGCAGGAGAAAUGCACAUGUCAUCGGCUUGGCCGUGGGGUCGACCCCGGGCCAACCAGUGUGAUUUUAAAAAACAAAACUAGAGAAACAAACACUGUUCUUGCCGAACUGGAGAAAUCCCCUGACUAAUCCUAUGCCUACAGGUUAACCCUGGACAUAGCUACAGUCUUGGACAAAAUAAAUGGAAAAUUUAGACCCCCUCUCCCAAAUCAAAGAUGGGAAAAUAGUGCGUUUUGCCCUUUAUGCGGCUUGAUUUGUGGGGGAUGGGAGUUUGCUGUUCUUUUUUUUCUGUCCAAAAUUGUAGAUCCCAGGUGGUAGGUCAAUAAUCUUGACACUUUCUGGAGAUACAACAGUGUCAGUCUGUCAAUUCCUGUAAGAAAAGUUGGACAGUUGACAAUUUAAACUUUAUUAAGUAUAACAUCUUUUAUUCAGGGAACCUUUUUCCUUGGAAAUACAAUUGAAAAAAUUAAGUGCUUUCUACUUUCUUUUCCUCCAAAGUAUGGGGAUUAAGCUUAUCAUAGUUAGCAACACUCAUUGGCAAGGAUUAGUUCUUCCUUUACCCCAUCUUCAUUCUGUUAAAAUUGUAUGGGAAUUCUAAUACAUGUAACAUUGUUGUUGUUACUCUUCACCCCCAACCUCCUAUGCCUCACCUUCACCCCUCACCUCUACCCUCACCCCCAUACCCCUUACUCUUUACUCCCUACCCCCUUCAACUUACCCCCUCCCCCAGAUUAGACCUGCCAAAACCAUUGUGCUCAUAUCAUUCUGAAGACCCCAUAAUGCAACUCAUUGGAUUUUGUGGAUAUGAUGCACUCAAUAAUGAUAUACAAUGAUAAACAAAAGCCUGAAGAGUACCCUGACCACCUGCAAACUCUGCAACACCAAGAAAAAACAAAAAAAUAGACAUGUAUUGUUUUGUUUGCCCUACUCAACUGUCAGUCAUGCUUAUGUUUUCUGCACUGGACUUCUUUGCAGGCUUUACAAGGUGUAUAAUAAGCCAGUGUUUCGUGGUAUUGUGUAUUUCUGUGCAUGGUUACUUCUCUGUUUAGCAUUCUUUGAAGACCCAGCUGUCCCUGGGAUGGGGUUACCAUACUGGGUAAGUCACAAUAUUAUUAAAUCCUAAAAUAUAGUAGGAAAAAAGAAAAAUAAGGCCGGGAACUUGAUCAAUGACCUUUUUCUCUACCUGGACAGAGAGAUGGAAAUGAUAAUGACAAUGAUUUAACAAGGAGCUCUACAAUAUUAUUGGCCAAUGGCAGUCCCCCUAUUGUGGCAACUAAAACAUGAGCAAAAAUGUCAUCAAAUGAGGCCUUUAUAAUAUAUUGUACCUUACUUUAGCGUUUAAUUAAGAAACCACCCGAGAGGCUUCCAAACCCCCUAGUGGAGUAACAACCUCUCUCAAACUUGUAAUUAGUAACUUUGUCUCUUUUUUUGUUAUAUAUCCAGAAUAACUGCCUAUAAUCUUUAAAAUAUUAAUUCCAUUGUAUCUUUUUUAUUUAUAGGCUACAAUGCUGCUGGAAUAUUUUUGCUUGUUUGUUUUCAUUCUACGUCUUUUCCAUGUCUGGUGUUUUGCUGCUGGUGUAAAAUUCUGGAGAGACAAGAAGAAUGUUAUUUUUUUAUCCAUCAUUGUGGUAAGAUUCUUACUGACAAUAAAGAGAACUUAUUGCAGAUAGUGCAUUGAUAAAGGGAUUGUAUGUCAUCCAGGUAAUGAACAUGCAAAGUAAUGUCAAAUGGUAUUUUAAAACAAAAGAAAAUUAUUGACUUAGUGGCACAGGUAGACACCAGUAAAAUAGCAACCACACCAAUCAUUUUAAGUAGAUUUCUUUCAUUGUUUAAAUUUUUGUAGUAAGUGUUACGGUACUGCUAGUAAUAUAGCAUAGUGGAGCCAUUUUUCAUGAAUUUAUGCCAAUAAACCAUUUACUGGCUUUAUUAAUAUUUAUUAUUAUUAUGUUAUAAAGAUAAAAAAGGAUAUAAGAUGUUCUUUCUUAAUUGAUUUGGUAAUGAGCCUGGGUUGUGCAAGCUGUUAAGAAAUUUCUGUUUGCUGGUGUUAAAAAAAUAUAGGUGUUGGAGUGCAGUGAAUGAGUGUCAUGAAUAUUUUUUAGCCUGAGAAUUAAGAGAAACCUCAUAUAGAUCUCCAAGUGGCCAUGUAAUUUUCUGUUUAUUAUAUAAAUACCAAUGAAAUACCAAACCAUUUCACUUAAGAUCAUUAAAGUUGCCAUUUAUUAUGUAGCCUAACAAUGGCAAUCUUUUCAUGUGUGAAGAUUAACAAGUUAUAAUUUUCACGCAUGAAGAAAUUGGGCUCUUUCUGACACUAUUUUUUUCUUUCAGUUCACAUUUCUUGACAUGAUUAUGUACAUCAUCUUCAAAGAGGCUGAACUCCCAGUUCACGCCAUAAGAUGGACUCGUGUGUUUCGCCCUCUUUUUCUUGUCAAUAUCAGCGAGGGGAGACAGGUGAAGAUUGAUAUAGCCUCUUCCAGGCAUUCAGAUAAGGUGGUAGUGCAAAGUAAAGAAAGUAAGGAAAAAUAGAAAGGAACUGGGGAGAGUGGCAUGGGAACCAAAUUCCCCCAGGUUCAUUUUUUCAUCCCCUUUUACUUUGAACUGCUCCCUGCGAUAUAGUGUGUAUGGUAUAAAUUUACAUUAAAUUUUGAUAGAAAUUCAGGGAAAGAAAAAUAGAUAGAUCAUCACUUGUACUGUCUAGGCUUUCCAUGUUGAAAUUAUAAUUGAAAUUCCUUUUUAUUUAAUUUUAAAAAUAACCUGUACAUGACUGUUUUCUGGUAUUCCUGAUCUCUUUCAGAUUAGAAGAGCUUUUAGAAACAUUAGGAAAACACUUCCAGAGAUUGCAAAUGUUCUUAUUUUGUUGCUUCUUAUGAUUGCAUUGUUUACUUUGCUGGGAUGUAAGCUGUUUGGCAAAAGGUAUUUCAAAUCAUAGCAUUUUAUAUAUGUCAGCUGUUAUAAUUUGUAUGGAGUUGGUUUUUUGUGAGAGAUACAACUAGGCUCUAAUUGGGCAACAUUUUAGAUAAUUCCUAAACAAAUUGUUUUGCUUAGAAUGAUAGAUGAGUCCUUUCCUUCCAUUUGUAUUAUUUCUCUUAAAUGAUAAUAAUAAUAAUAAUAUUUAAAGUAAAAAAGUCAGUCUUCUUUUAAGAGGAGACCUCCAUCACUUAAAGUGGUUUUAAGGGGGUCCUCUUAAAAAAAUUACAGAAACAAAUAACUGAAAAAUCCUCUAGGAUAAAGUCUAAAAACAGUGAGUAGCAUAAAAAUUAAGAACUAUGAUAAAAAUAUAAACAAUUAACCUGAGACAAAUCACAUAAAAACUUAGUCAAAUUCCUUUUAAGAAUCGUGUCAGGCAUUGGCCUUUUUAGUUCAUUUGCAAGAAGGCCCAAUCGUUUUUCACACCUGGGUUCUUUUAUUUUUGCCUUUGAAUUUAUUUGUUUGUGUUUUUGGUUUGUUGUAGAAAUCUUAAAGACAUCCAUGGAAAGCCAUACUUCACAAACUACUUAGAUGUCUUUUUUUUGUUGUAUGUUCUGACAACUACAGCCAACAACCCAGAUGUUAUGUAAGUUUGAAAUAUUACUUACUAGUCACUUGUAAGUAGUGAAAUAGGCAUGGAAAAAGGCGAGGGGUGGGAAGGGUGAGGUUGGAAAGAGGGGUUGGGAUGGGAGGGGUGUGGUAUUGUAAUCCAUUUGCUUUGUUUACGUUCUAUACAUGCAUCAAAAUGUUUUGCCAAAGAACGAGACCACUUUUAGUUCAAAAUCAUUCAACUAUCUCGCAAAACAGUGCAACGUGAAACCAAAAUUUAUAACGCACCUUUUUCCAUGCGGAUGUAAUCAAAAGCGCAUAACAUACUGUAGUUACACGUUUACCACCCUUUUAUUUCAACACAAAUCUUCAUAGUAAAACUUGAGCACUGGAGGGCAGCCUGAGUAGUUAGCAGUUUGUUUGGCGAGAGGGAAAAAAAAUCCGUGAAAACACGCCAACACAUGGGGACAAGUGUCAAGGUGUUUUCUCCCCAUUCUCCUCGCGCUUUUCCGCUCAUUUGCGCACUCGACAAUCAAAACGCCAUCUACGUAGGUGUCUACUUUCAGGUUACUGAGUCAAAUUUACUGUUCCAAACUCAUAAUCAAUGAAUUUGGAACGUGGUGUCCAGACGUUUGACAGGUGAAACAGGCCUAUAAAGUUGCUACAUUUUGAAAUGCGAAUUAUAGGAGAGAGAUCAAGUUUUCAUAAUAUUUAAGGCAAAAAAUAUCAAAACGGUCAUAGGAAAUUCCAGUGAAAAUAAACUUCGUUAUUUAUUUAUUUGAACAGGAUGCCUGCAUAUGACAACAAUCCCUGGUCCAGUUUGUUUUUUGUCAUUUUCAUCAUUGUCUGCAUGUAUAUAUUUGUCAGCAUUUUUCUGGCUGUUGUGUACAAGAACUACCGCAAGCAUUUAAAGGUAGAUUGCCGUUAUUUUUUCUAA